AUGGCUAACUAUAGCUUGUUGCUUAUCGCAUUUUGCGCACUGUCGCUGCGGUCUGCGUUCUCGCUGCGCUAUGACCAGCAUGCCAUGAUCAUGGCUCCUGAGGGCCCUAUUGUGCCUGAAGUUGACGUCGACCAGGCUACCAAGGAGCUUGUUGAAGAGGGCGAACACAUUGAGAAGGCCAUGCAGGAAGAGAUCGGUCUUAUUACAGACAGUACCACUGCCGCAAUGUGCCAAGGCAGCAAGGAUGAGGCGCACUGCGCAUCGAGAAUAUCUACCUACGUUGCACGUUGCAAGGAAGGUGACUGCCUCAGCAUCGAUGCCGUCGGUUACCCGCAAAACAAGACAUUCCAGCAGCUUAUCCUGCCCGACCCAUACCAGCUUCAUGCUGCCUUCGUUUUGUUCAAGAACUGUCGCCGCAACGCGAGCAAGCGCUGGCUGGACAGGUUCUGGAUGCGCUUCAGCAGGGAAGGUCGUUACGGUGCGUACAAUAGCUUUAGCCUCAAUGUUUUGAGGCGCAAUUUGUUCGAGGAGGGGGAUGUGAGUGCUUUGCAUGCCUUUGUGCAGAAGUACUUCUACAUGACUGCCAUAUACUACAAGACCUAUUUGUCGCUGGAUGCCAUCAACGCCAAAAUCUUUAACAAAAUCGCUCUGGCGAAGUACAUUUUAGGCCCUAAGAUCCGAAGGUCUUUGAAGAAAAUUGUAGAAAGCAACAAACCCAGCGAUCUGGCAGCGAACGACAUGAACAUCAUCCGUCCUUUGACUUACGGUUACAGGCACUACAUGGCCAGUCAAAUUCCUGCUCUUCCAUUCUUUGCCUACCGUUUCUCAACCAUGGUCAUCAAGACGCUUGUUGACAACCUCUCCGGAGUUAAACAGCAACCGUGGUACAAGCGUUGGUUUGGAAAGGUGAAAAGCUUGUUCACCGGUAAAGACACGAGCAAAGAGGCUUACGAGAUUGAAGUGCCCGCUGUCAUUGAAAAAACAGAGCCCGUCGUGGAGGAGCAGUCCGUAUUCGGUAAGGUGAAGGACAAAAUUGGCAACGUAUUGAAAAAGAGCAUUUUCCGAAAAGAUACUCAAAAUGUGCGUCAUUCACACCUCUCAGAAGAGGACAUAAUGGGCGACUUGUCAACGGCGGAUGCGUUGCUUGAACCCGUUCUCGAUGUCAUGGAGAACCAGGCUGUAACGGAAGGUGAUGGAAAAGACGAAGCCGAAGAUACUCCUCUACCUAAUGAAAAUGAUGAGGCCGAGGCUGUGCAACAAAACGCUGAUGCUCCAUCAAAAGGUUCCCAAGGUGCACAGGAAGAACCUGCUGGCGCUGCAGAGGGUGAAGAGGAGGAAGAAACUGAAGAACAAGAGCCUGAAGCGGAGAAAGUAGACGACGAUGAAAAAGAGGAAUCUUCGAAUGGUGGCUACAAAAAGUUCUUCAAGAACAUCUUGGAUACUAGCAAAAUAACCGAUGCGGCUCGUAAUAUCAAGUUCCCGACCAAGUACUUCAGAUGA